GUAGUGUUUACUUAUUUUGGUCUGUCUUCGUCAUGCUUUUUCACAUUCACUAUUGAGGAACCUGCCAGAUUGCCUGAAUGAGUGGGUGCGUGGUGUUCAGGGAAGGAACACCUCCAGGCACGCUCAAAGGGUUUAGAUAAUCACUGAUAUUAUACAAUUGGGGGUCCCCCUAACGAGACCGGGGGUAUCCUUAGCAAUUCCCAUGCAACGACGAUGGCCGAAUAACCAUGGUAAUUUUAACUAAUGUAGUCGGUAAGCGAGUCGGCCACAUCUCCGAUUUCACGAUUCGUAAUAUGAUUGAAGCACUUCAAACCACUACCAUGCCACCAAAAUCGCAUAUCAAAUCAAAAAAUUCAGUUGAGCAGGAGGGGAGGAUUCUCCUUGCAAUAUCUGCUUUAAAAAAAAAAAAAAAAAAAACAGAAUAUCCAAUGUUCGCGAAGCAGUCCGUGUUUAUAAUGUGCGGCGCUCUACUCUCCAAGACCGGCUAUGCGGAAAGACAUAUCGGGACGAGACACGCGCAAAUAGUCAUAAAAUAACUCGAAAUAAAGAGGAAUCGCUUGUAUAAUGGAUACUAUCACUUGAUUUAUGUGGGGCAGCUCCCCGGCCAGCUCAUAUUCAAGAAAUGACUGAUAUUCUACUCUCCAAGCGGGGUCAUACAACUACAAUAACUGUUGAGGUAAAUGGGUCUAUGACUUUAUCAAACGUUAUGACAUACUUGAAUCCCGGUUAUUCCGACGCUAUUAUCAUCAGCGUGCUCAAUGUGGAGACCCUAAUAUCAUCAAGGAGUGGUUUGAUCGGGUGCAAAUUACAAUCAUGCAACAUGGGGUUGCGCUUGAAGAUAUCUACAAUUUUGAUGAGGCAGGAUAUGCAAUGGGCCUAAUAGCUACUGCUGAGGUAGUUUCUAGAGCUGAAAUGACUGGCCAGCCCUUUCUUGUACAGCCAGUGAAUCGGGAAUGGGUGGCAUCUAUUGAGUGGAUCAACUCUACUGGA